GAGUCUUAGAUUGAGUUUGUAGGUCUGUCAGUCAGGGGCUAGAGUCUACAUGGUGAGGUUUGGAACAGCUAUAUCCGGUUGUGCACUGAUCACCAUGCUUGACACCCGGAGUGGGAAGAGCACUAGUCCCUACACCCCGGACCAGCAAGUGAAAAUGGCCGCCUUAGUGAGAGAAAACAAGGAGAGGAAGGAGCUUGAGAAGCAGGCGAAGUUAAAGGCUAUCGCAGAGGAGCAGGCGGCGAAGAUGAAGAGAUUGGAGGAGGAGAUGAAGAGGGUUCAACAGGAGGAGGAAGAAAGAAGAAAGGCUGCUGAAGAAGAAGUAGCAGCAGAAGAAGAAAAAGAGAGAAUGCGGAUUGAGAGCGGAGAAGGGAGUAGUGGGACGAUGAAGAGAGAUACGGACGCAGAGAUGGAGAAAAGGAUAAGUGAGUGGGUCGCUAAUUUAUCGUUGGGAGAAGAUGAGGAGGCGGAGUCUUAUGUGACUCAGGAUGAGAGGGAUGCGCUAGCCAGCGAGCUAGCAGCAAUGGAGGGUAUGGAACGGCGAGAAAGGGAGGAGGAACAAAAGUUGGCAUGGAAAUUGAGGAUGAAGAGGGAGAAGAAGAGGAGGAGAGAGGAAGUCAACAAACUGACCGCAGCGGUGGCCAAGGUGCAAGACCGUAGGAAAGAAGUGCAGGCCCAGCCAGAUGAUAAGGCGAAAUGGGAUAAGGUAUUGGGGUACCUGGAGGUGCUGAGCACAACAUGGAUGGAGGAGCGCCAAGCGAGUUGGACCCAAGAGGUAGCCUUGAGUGCCAUGCGGUCGGGAUUUAGAGACUUUGCUCGCGAUAUAGUCACCCACAUUGGGGGCGACGUCAAGCAACUGAGAGACAAUGUGGGGAAGUUUUGUGAGGGCGCUAUCGAGGGCGCUAAAGCGAUAGCCGCUGUAGAGGGCGAGGCCAGGCCUCGCAAGGACCCAGUUAAGCUUAAAUUCCCGAAAGCAUAUGAAGGGAAGAAGGAGGAGAACUUUGACAACUGGGAGGCCAGUGUCAAUAGUUAUGUGUAUCUACAACACAUCCUGUCAGAGGAACAAGUCCUCGUGGCCUUCCAGGCCCUUAAGGAUGAGACGGUUAGUUUUGCCAGGUCCCUUGCGCGCGCAGCUGGUUGUGAAAACAACCUGGUUGCAUAUUCAAGAGUCACCCCCCUUCCUCAAUUCUUCAAGCUCCUGAAGGAGCAAUUUGCAGACCCAACGAGAGGCGUUCGCGCCUCUGAUAAGCUACAAACGAUCCACUCGCGACAGUGGAGGAGUGCGAGAGCACUCAAGGGCACCAUGGACGACCUUGGUAGCCGUCCCAGACCAUGGGGUCACUGAGACCCAAUUGGUCCAGUUAUUUUAUCG